AUGAAGGACUCAGAGCUGCUCGAACUACUUGAUGUCGAUGGCUCAGGAACUAGUGAACAGUGCAAAUGGUGUGCUUUAAGUUACGUCUGGGGCGGCGAUGUGCCCUUGAAGACUACCAAAGCAACGCAGUUGGCUCAUAAGGAACGUAUCCCCCUCGACACUCUUCCUCAAACCAUGAAAGACGCGGUUUAUGUUUGCCGAGGCUUAGGGAUCCGGUACCUAUGGAUCGAUGCCCUCUGCAUUAUCCAAGACGAUCAAGAGGAUCUCCGCGAAGAGGUCAACCACAUGCCUGAGGUUUAUCAGUACGCGACACUCACAAUAUGCGCCGCGUCAUCCACGAGCAUUUACGACGGGUUCUUAUACCGACGUGGAUAUUGGACCCACGGUUGCCACGCUAUGAAUGUUCGGAUUGCGAUCGACUGCAGUGAGAGUAUCGUGUUGUUGUCGUGCUCAACGUCAUGGUACGACGUGGUUCACGAAUAUACCACAAGAGCAGCAUCCUUAGCCUCAGACAAAUUGCGCGCGCUUUCCGCCGUCGCCCGGGUCUAUCACCUUGAGACAGGGAAGGAAUACCUAGCCGGCCUGUGGAAAGAAGACAUCCCAACUGCGCUUUGUUGGGGUAAUGGUCCAAAAGUAAGACGUGGGUCUGGGCCUUUUCUCACUUCUCAACGGCCUAGAGAGUACCGAGCGCCCUCUUGGUCAUGGGCAUCAAUCGACACGCCAGUGCGCUACUGGCAUGAAGACCGCGGCGCGCUGCUGAAGAUGCGUAAAUUACAGGUCUUGAGUGCUAGUAUCACACCAACAUAUCCAGACGGCGAAUUUGACUCGAUUGCCUCAGCCUUUCUGGUUCUCCACGGCUCGGUUCGGGCUGUGCCCCUAACGACACCUAUUGAAUUACAAGAAUUCAGGACCGAGGAUCCCACGUAUAGAUUCUCAUGCAUUUGGGUUGCUGGAGUCCGCGCUCGCGUCUACCCGGACGCCUUUGAAGAUCAACACGAGACUUUGGAUACGUUACGGUUUUUGCUACUGACUGAGUACAACCACAGUCAUCACCCAAAUAUAAGAUUCAAAGGACGCUAUAUGACCUAUCGCGGAUUGGUUCUCAAAUCCGUCCAAGCGCAAUCUGAUACUUUCAGCCGGAUCGGACACUUUGAAACUGAAAUAGAUGAACCCGACAGUCGCUUGCCGGAUUACUUGAAAGCCUGGACUCAUGCCAAGUUUUUCGAUUCUUUCGAGGAUCGAACUAUUACCCUCAUUUGAUAGCAUCCCCAGACUGUUGAUGGAGAGCCAUAUACACUUUGUACUGGGAGGAAAAGGAUUGGGCCGGCGGCUCCUGGAUACCUAGGUAUAGAGACAGUUACUGAUACAACCAGGUGAUGACAAGAAUGGUACCGGCUUCACAUAGUGUAGGUGUUUGUAAACUGAUUUAUCACGCGAACAACUUGUAACACUAGUGUUCGGGGAGGCAGCAUAGCUGCCUUCCCUUCCCCGGGCGAUGAGAGGCUGGAUCCUGGGUUGUGGCCCGUGUAGAUGCUGGAUACUGGGUUGCACCGAAGGUUGGAUCCUGGGUUGUAGCCCGUAUAGAUGCUGGAUAUUAGGUUGUACUGUAGGUGAAAUACAAAGUAGGGAGAAACCUUGGCUUUAAAA